AUGCGCCUUAGAUUGCCCAAUGCUGGUCAAACGGAAGUAUUUUGCAGCGCUUUGCAGCACGAUCGCUUCCAGUUUGAAAGAGUGCUAGAAUUCUGAUCUUCAACAAGAAUUUUUUCGUUGAAUACUGCAUUUCAACUACCCCAUGUAGCAAGCAUAGGUAUGUUUACAGAUUUCUUUUAGAUUUAGGGGCAUUUAAAUGUUAAUGUUGAAGGGAAGUGUCUCGUUUUGAUUGUUCAUUUUCCCGUAUGAGUUUCGGCGUGUAUCACUUUACUUCUUAAAGUUGAAGAAAUUUUUGUUAUCUUGUGAACCUAAUGAAGGUGCUUAGAUGGCAAACUUUCGAUAUCGUGAACGUCUGUUAGUGUAGAGUUGAAAGCGUAAUAUUAAUCGUUAUAUUCUUUUCUAAUGAUCACAUUUCAUGAGGUUUCGUAUUGACUAUUCACAACAGAGGACAUUUGCAUUCCUUGACCUUACACAGUGAACAAGAAAUUCUUGUUUGUGAAUGAGCUCUGCACCUAAAAUGGCAGUGAACAGUCUUGCUGCCGAGGCUUAUCAUGCUCUCUAGAAUUCAGGGCUAUCCAUAAUCAAGAGAAAGAUGAAUAUAUUUUUGCUUAAGUGAUAAAUAUCGCCAAAGCUGAGGUCAAUAAUUAAAAAUCAAAUUGAAAGCUAAUGUUUUGUUCAAGGCUCGCGCUUCAAGUAGCGAGCUCUCUCCCGGAAGCUAGAUAAGUUUAUCGUUUUUUGAAUGGAUUGAGUCGCCUAUUUUGCCAUUAAAUCUUUUCUUUUGCAUUUCCCGAUAUUUUUGUGGUACAUUUGUGCCAAUUUAUUUGCUUGUUUUCUCCUCGACCGGCAAAAUUUUACCGGGACCUUAUAACUUCCAUGUCAAAUAUGUGAACGAUCUCUAAGGCGAUCAGAGCUUAACCCAAGUAAUUAAAGUACCGUUUAUUUUUAAGAUGAAAUUUGAUUAAUCACACAAGCGCUGAUUUGUGCUGAUUGUUGUUCUGAGCUCCACAUAUAUUUGAAAAUACAGUCGAACCUCUCUGAUUAAUACGGACACUGAAGAGACAGAGUGAAGUGUCCGUAUUAGAGAGGUGUCCGUAUUAGAGAGGUCACUAUGAUUACGUCACUUUUAAGACCCCACUGACAGGUUAGAGUGUUCAGUAAGUAAAAUUAAGCCCAAAACUCUUUGUCUUGUUAAUUUCUGAAUCUAAAUUGAUUAAUGUUAUUGUAUGCUGUACAUGUAUACAAAUUUUGGAAGAAAACGAAGUACUUCGUCUAAGACAUGUUCUGGUAUUGGUAUCGCUGACUGAUGAAGUGUCAAUGUGUGUGUAACUGCACUCCCAAGGGCUGAGAUUUUGUGUCUGUUGUCCGUAUUAGAGAGGGUCUGUAUUAUAAACGUCUUUUUUUUAGAGGAAAUGUAUGAGAACUUUGUCGGUACAUAGGAGACUGUCCGUAAUAGAGAGGUGUCCAUAUAAGAAAGGUGUCCGUCCGUACCGAGAGGUUCGACUGUAGUUUACUAUGGUUUAAUAAAGUGCUUGGUUGCAGUGCUACCUACAGAUCUACAAUCCUCGUAAAAAAUCUUGAAACACUUGUGUGCGUUUCCCCUUUCCCAACGUUGAUUUGGGUAUUACAGUGGUCUCAGUGCUUCAAUAUAUGCAUGGCUGAACAUUGGGGAGGGAGAGGGCACAUUACAGUUGGAACAAAAGUGUGUGGAGUGCUUCUCUUGAAUUUUCUAGAAAAUUCAAGAGAAGCGGUGUCUUUUUCAAUGAUUUGUGACGAGUAUUGUAGAUAAGCCUGCCAUGGCACAGGUAGCCCAAGUAUGCAUAAGAGUUGGUAUGUACAGUGUAAGGAAAGUGAAAAGGGGGACUGUUCAUGUUACUUGUGGAAGAAAUUAACCCUUUAAGCCCCAAUAUCCACAUACAAAUUCUCCAAACUGAUCUCUAUAUAUUUCCUUAAAGAAUGAGUUGAGAGAAUUUGAUAAAAGAUCAAAGUAUUUUCUCUUAGGUGAUCAGUUAAUUAAUUAUUCUCAUAACCUCAUCUCAUAACAAUGUAUGGAUGUCGUUAGGAGAAAAUUGCUGUUGGUCACUAUUGGGACGUAAAGGGUUAAGUGAAAGUUCGUGUUGUGUCCAAGUUCAGCUUCUUUCUCAGCACACUUAAAUCUGACAGCUGACAAAGAAAAAUAACCUGGUUAAACUGUUUACAGUACUAGGUUAUGUUAAAGAUUAUUUUGGACCAGGUUAUUAACAAAAUAACUCAAAAUGAGUUUAUUGAACAGUGCGAAACAACUGCGUGGCUGAUAACUGGACAAUAAACAGGAAAACAACUAGAACUAGUAAAACUAAGAAAUAUGGAAAUUGAAAAUACAAAAUCGUGUAAAAAAAUGGGGUGGGAGAGGUGGGUAAGAGCUUACCCCCCGUCUCUCCGGAUCUUACAAAAGAUGAGACUCCAGACCACGCAGUUGACCAUAAGGGACAUUCGAUAUCUCUUUAAUUUUACUGGUUAAUUUAAUUAUCAAUAAUAAAUGAUUUCUCUUAUACACACCAACAUAUUUUAUCUGUCUUUCAGUGGAUUUUGCAGUGCUUAUUUGACCAGUUAUAAAAAUGUCAGUUCCACUGAAUGAGGUACAGCAGAAGAGGAGCUCAUUACGGCGAACUCCUCCACCCAAGGCACCACCCAAAAAGGGCUCUCCACCAAGGGAUAGACCAUUGAAAACACAGGAUAGCAACCCAGAAAUAGCACAGUUGAUUCCUGGAUUCAAACUUAAGAGGACGGGUUUUCGUGAUAGCUUGAUUGCUGAAGAUGUUGAUAACAAACAUCUUACAUCUGCUGGCAGUGAUGAACCAGAAAAUGAAUUUUUGAAGAAAAUUAAACAGAGGAGAGUUAUUGUUGAACAGGGAACUCAAAAUGAGGCAGAGGAAACUGCCAAGCCUAAACCAAAGCCCAAACCCAAACCCAAACCCCAUCCUGAUGGCAGAGAGAGCGAAAGGAAACUUUCAAGCUCAUCUGAUGACAGUUCAAAGGAGAAUAAAGGGAACUCGACUGAUGUUAAUAGGAAUCUUGUGAUCUGUAAAGAUUCACAAGGAGAUCCUAUACUCCGCAUUUUGCCAACACUUGAAAGCUUGGGAAAGCCUCCUUCAAAGCCAGUUAAAGUGGAGGGUUUAGAGGACGUUUUGACAAAGUAUAGUCGAGCAGACAUUGUGAUUGCUCAUCGACGAAAUACUUUGUCUUUGCCUAGGAAUAUGGAAGGCAGCAUAGGUAUUGUGGUUGAUUAUCUUUUAUCCCUAUAAGUCCCAAUAGUGACCAACAGCAAUUUUCUCCUAACAAUCUCCAUACAUUGUCAAGAGACAAGGUUGUGAGAAUAUAAAAAAUGAUCACGAAUGAGAAAACACCUUGAUGUUUUAUUAAAUUCUCUGAACUAAUUCUUAAAGGAAAUGUAUGGAGAUCAGUUUGGAGAAUUUGUAUGUGGAUACUGAGGCUUAAAGGGUUAUAUGAAACCUAAAGCAAAAAGGGUGUUGGAGGGGGUGGAUUUUUGGGAGGGUGGUUGUCCAUGCAGUUUGUCCAUCCUUAGUAUUAUUGCUGUGAUAGUGUGUGCUAUGAUGCUAGAGCCCUUAAAUUUCUAAAAAAUAAGGAAUCAAGGGAAAAGUAAAGGGGACAAGUUAUCGUUUGUUUGUCGCGUAGCAUAUAUGUUUAUGCCCAGUGGUCAAGCAUGACACCUAGAGUUGGUCCCUGCCUUUUUUUUACUCUUUUUGGUUGACUUUCUAUAAGAUGGAUAUCUCUCUAAUAUGGACACGUAGUACCAGUCCCAAAGUUGUCUGUCUUAGAGAGAGUCGACUGUGCAUGUAAUAUUGAUUCUCAUUAAUAAGCCAUAGGUGAUGUUAUUACUGAAGCUGAUGAGUUCCAGCAAGAAGAUUAUGAUGAUGUUGACGAGAAGACAAAAGCUCAGAUUCUGGACAAAGCUAAGGCUGAACAAACAGCUGAAGAAGACAGUGGUACAGUAAAUUCAUAGAAAACUUCUGUAUCUUCUAAUAUUUAUUGUAAUUUAAGGAUAGGCUAAGAGUGCAUGGGGGGAUUUAAUUGUAAGUGAGUUCUGAUACAUGCAUAAACUUCUCUCUUUAUAAAACUGCCUUUUGCUUGUGCAACAAAAUUAAUGCAUAAUUCAAAACAAUCUCAAAGUCACUAAAACUAUAACAGGGGCAUUUUUCACUUCCAUUUUGAACUCAAAUACGGUGUAAAUUAACCGAAGGAGGAGAUUUUAAAUGCUGAUAAUCUGUUAGAAGGUGCAACAUCAGGCCCUAAAAUUAGGCAAAGUUAGACAGUUUAAAUGCUAGCAAACGACAUAAAGAUGAUCAAUUGAAACUGCAACCUUGAGGAUCACAAGUGACAAAUUAUAAAAUAAUAGAAUACUGUUGACGGGGACCUGGCUAGGAGUAACAAAAUGUUUGAAAUUCAGACUUGGGACACAUGUACCCUCGGCCAUAAAAGAGCCUCAAUACUGAAUUUAAAAUAUUUUAUUUUCUCAAACUUCAGGGAUCCUUGAAGAAAACUAUGAUGAUGUUGAUGAAAUCAAAGAAAAAGUUAAUGAAAUAAAUAGAAGCAUGGAUGAAGCACAGAAUGCUGAGCCCAUCUGUGAAGAGAGUUAUGAUGACCUUGAUACAGUGGCAGAGGAAGCUCAGAACCAUCUAAGAAAUGGUAUGUGAUCACAGGGGCAGGACAAAUAAGUACAGAAAGAGGGAGCAUUAAGGGCUUUGGAGUUGCUUUCCUGCCCUCUCCCACACUCUGGAACAAAUUUAUUUAAAUGAAAGUGUUUGUGGAGUUAUUUAGAAAUACAGUUAAACCUCUCGGCCUCAACGGCCACCUUGGGGGGAGUAGAAAGUGGCUGUUGUAGAGAGGUUUAAAGAAGAGUCAAUGUAUGGACUGUCUGCCAGGACAAAGGAGUUCGGCCAUUGUAGAGAGGUGGCCGUUGUGGAAUUAAAGAUGGCUAUUAGUGUAGUUUGGGCUUUAUCCCAGUUAAAUCCCUGUCUUGCAGGUGACCAAAUUUCCAGAUCCCAUAUCUCAUUCGUAAAGUCAAAUACUGUAAUCCAGAAUCUUUCCUGCUUCUUCUACUCUACAGUCUGAAGUCCUCAAAUAUUACAUUUCGUGUAAGUCUGUGAAAAUCUAGGAUUCCAGAAAAAAAACUACUGUGGACCCUUGGCACUUAUCUACCUGUUUAAACUGGAUUUUAAAAUGUUGCUUUUAAUAUUAUUGUAGAUUUUAGUGCUGUAGGCAGUGGAGAGACAUUUGGUGAAGAAAUGUACGAAGCAUUACCUGGAGAGGAACAGGGAGGAUCAGAAAAUGGCUUUGAUUCACCUGUUGAAAAUAAGUUUUCACCCUCAGCGACUCCAAGGUGUUAUUAUAGUAAUAUUUUCUUAACCUACUGAGUUGCACCCAUUCACUUCACUAUCAACUGAAAAUAAAGAAACCUAAAAUUUGUCUUUGAUGGGUAUACCCAUCAUUAUAAUGUCUGAGGUGGUUGGAGAAACAAGUAAAUUGGAGUUGGAGAGAAUGAAAUUACCGGUAAUAGUUCAUUAAGUAUUCCUUCCUGUCCAGCAAAUUGCAGUUCAAUGGCUAUUAUCUGAAAACGAGUAAUAGUCAAAAGAGUAUGUGCGCAUGUCACAACAACAACAACUUACAACAGUUUACUCAUUUUGAUAAAAAUUUACAAUAAUUAUUAUAUAACAUAAUUAUUAUAUUACCCACAGCCACCAGAGCUAUUCUCUGUGGACAACAAUUCAAUCAUUAUUUGCAAUAAUUUUAUUACACAAAGUUCAAAAGCCAGGAAAGAAAUUAUUAGAGAAAGUGAAUAAUGAGAAAGCAAAACUGGAUCCGGUAUAGAAAUAGUAAAAAAGUAGGAAGAAUAUAAAAGAAAAAUUAGCUAGAAUAAGAAAGUGAGGGGAGCUUAAAAAGACGUGUCCAUCUUGCUCAACUCCCCUCUGACCAUCAAAUAGAAACAGUCCCUGAAGAGCUGCUUUGGUUUGUUUUUGCCCAUUUUUGCAGAGAACAGAUUAAAGAGAAAGGGAAAAAGGAUCUUAAAAAGGAGAUGGAACUGCAGAAAAAGAAAGAGAGAGAAGAACUGAAAAGAAAAAAGGAGGAAGAGAAAAGAAGAGAAAAAGAGGAAAAAGAAGAGAAGAAGAGAAGAGAAGAAGAAAAAAAGAAAAGAGAACGGGAUGAUAGGGAGCUUCGGAAGAAACACAAGGUGUGUUUUUUAAGUUGAUCAGUUUGUUGUUUGUUGAAUAUCAUAACCCUGUUCGUCUUAUAUUGUUAGCCAACAGUUACCAUUAUAGUAUUUGAAUGUGAAAAAGGCGAAGUCUGUGUUUGAGCCAUUUAAAAGUGGCCAAUCAGGCCAAGGCUUUUGCCAGUUUCCAUGGCAUGUAGAAUUUAGGAAUUUCUACUCGCCCCUGGGUGGGAUGCUAGACCAUCACGGUAAUAAUUAUAUUACCCCCCCCCCCCUUACCUCAGGCAUUUAAUUUACUAGAACCCAUUUGUACACCAGGGUUGAUUGACGCACUGUUAUGAUAAUAAUCUUGUAAAACGUUUUGCCCAAGAACACAAACAAUGAACUGACCAGGGCUUUACUGUGAAACCUUUCAAUACACUAACUAGCAUCUACUUGAUUUUCUAAGCCUUUCUAUUUAUUGACUGGAAAUCGCCUCAGUAGUUAACUUCCUAUCUUUUUACAUUUCCAGUUGAAACCAGGAAGUGAAGAAAGUCAUGGCGUUGGAGAAUUGAAAAGCAAUUUCCCUGGUGAAGGGAAAUUUGAACUGUCAGCAAAGCAAGGCGAGACUUUGGUUGUUGUUUGUGAAAAAGGAUGUCCUUCGGGAAAAUGGCUGGUCAAGAACACAGAAGGACAUUGUAUGUAUCAUACUUUUGUUUGAUUGCACACUUGUUUCUUGUUACUGUUCAGUACCUGUAGUAACCAUAUACAUGACAUUUCUCAUUUUCCCUGCCCCAUUCUUUAAACCUCAAAACAGUAUAAUUAUUUUCUUCAUGUGCAGUUGGUGUUCAUUACACAAAGGCAUCAAUCCUUAAUCAUCAGUUAAACCUAAAACUUAUCAUUAUCAUCAUCGUAAUCAUCAUCAUCAUUGUUUUUUCUUUGGAAAAGAGAUUACUGAGAGGAAACUUUUUUCUUAUAAUUUAACUUCUCAUAAGAAUAAUAUUAACUUUUGUUUGUUUGCUUUUCUAGUGGGAUACGUACCAACAGAGCUUAUUCAACUCAAAGUAAGUUUUAGAUUGUUACUGCAUACUUUAGCUACAUGUACAUUUUAAAUAAUAAGAAGUGAUGAAAAAAUCUAAAGACAUCUUAAUCAAUUUUGUCUUUUUCCACCCUUGAACAAAAGACAACAAAAAUGCUGAAUGCGACAACUCCUUGCAUCAGAAAUCAGCAAUUUUUGAGCAAAAUGAAACAAGUCACUUAAGUUCUCAUAAUGUAAGGGCCUGUUUACAAGUAGAGGGGGUUACCCUUGUGCUAGGGUUACCCUAGCAAGCGGGUUAAAGUUAGCUCUGGUUUACAAACAAAUUUCACAGGUUGGGUUACCCUAUCACCUGGGUCAACUUUACCAGCUUUGCUGACGUGUUUCAUCAUGCAUGACAUUCUUUGUAAUGGUCCCAGAUUUGAAAUAAUCUUGAAGUUCUCUAUGGAAAACACGUUAAAUUCAUGAAUAAAAGAGAAAAUAUUAUCAUCGUAGACAGAAAAUAACAUCUUUUUUUUCAGAUAUUUAUAAUUAUUAAGCUUUUUUGUUUUGUUCGUUGGUUAAUUCCGUUCAAAUUGGCACGAUUACUGGUCAUGCAUGACAGCAGAAAGUUGACCCUGGUGGGCAAGUUAUCCCUAGCAGAGCCUUUACAAGGCAGGUAGGAUAACCCCCUUGUUAGGUUAACCCUAGCACUAAGGUAGGGUUACCCUAGUGCGUGCUAGGGUAACCCUACCUGCCUUGUAAGCACGUUGUGUGAAAAAAAAAAAAGAAAUAUGCGAGGGCUAGGGUAACCCUCUUGCUAGGGUAACCCUAGCACCAGGGUUACCCCCCUCCUUGGGAAUAGGGCCUAACAUGCCCAACUUUGUUGCAAAGUAGCUUAUAUUGAGAUUAUAUGAUUUUGAUUAAAUUUCAGAUUGACAGUGAAGGCAACAGGCUCAGGUAAAGUAGCUUUUUAAUUAUUAUUACUCUACAGCAAAGGUCAGUUUCCACAUCAUUGUAAAACAAGUCUACAACUAGUACACUUAAAUAAUCUAGAUUCCUUUUCCUGCCAGAAACAAAAAUGAUCACCAGCUGAUCAACCAUUUCAUUUGCUUUACAUACAUAAUAUUGAAAGAACAAUUUGAACAAUAUUAUUUUAUUGUAUUAAAUUAGAUGAUAAAAAUUCUGUAACAACUAACAUUUUAAUAGUUUGAUGUCUCAUAACACGAAUGUCGAUUCUCACCAUAGUACCUACAGUAUUUAAAAAUGAUGACACAAGUCAGUGGCGGAACCAGGGAAGAGGUCCGGGCCUUUAUUUUUAGACCAAACUGAGGCUCGAAGGGCCGAAAAAUUUUUUUUCCAAGACUGCCCCCCUCCCCCACCAUCUAAGGGUCUGGAUGACCGCCCCCUCCCUCCCCACCCUUAUCUCAAGGUCUGGCUCCCCCCCUGCAAGUGUAUUGAAAUGUAAGGUAAACAUGUUACUAAUUUUUCUAUUUAAAUUUCAGUGCAAUUAUAACUGAAGACUUUUAUGAAGAUGUGGACAAAUAUCAGAGUAAAGAUCAAAUUGAAGAAGGUAUACAAGUUUGCCAUUAAGUUUAACAGACUUUUUGUUCUUGUUCACUUUGGGUAGGGGAACACUCCUGAGUAUUUCUCUGACGAGGGAAGAAGAAUCUGCAAUGAAGAAUCUUUGCGUCUCGCUAUGGUGACAAAUGAACACAUAUUUAUCAAUUAUUUCAAAAAAUCUAAGUUUCAGUGUUUGUACAAUAAGUACUUUCCUUCCCAUGCACUGCACUCUUAGCCUGCGAACACAGGCGUAUUCCAGUCAUCACUUCUCUCGACCCAUUAUUUUUCAGGUGGAGAGAAGCGACGACCUGGAAGACGUCUAUGUUCACAGGCUGCUGCAUUCUAAGUUUCUUUAGAAAGUAAUACCCGUCACUUUUACAUGUAUCUGGGAAACUGCCCACCUACCCCUCCCCUAAGUAAACAUUAACACUUACUUCUCACUUAGGGCAAAAUGGUGGGUUAGGGGAGGGGUAGGUGGGCAGUUCCCCUGAGACCUAAAUUGAUCCGGAAUUCCCUCAUUCCCUUGCAGUUGUCUUUGCUUUCCGCUAAUCCACGAGAGCCAUCCCCUCUCGCUCUGGAGGGCCCAAACGGAGAUCAUGCUUUAAAGUCAUUGUCAAUUGACUAGGAGUUUUUUUGUUCCUUUCAUUUCAGAGGGUUAUGACCAAGAAGUAUAUGAUGAUAUUGCUGGACAAGGUAAUAAAAAUUACUCCUUAAAGUGUCGUAGUUAACUUCAUGAUUUUCUUUUCACGGUACAUGAUACUGGACAUUAUCACAUUAAUUUUCCAAGGGCAGGGAGUGAUAGGUCACAAGUUCUUCGAUUUUUAGAUAUAGCUUUUCCACUGGUAAACACCUCUUUUUGUGUAAAAAGUAGCUCAUCUUUAGCCUAAAAUAAGAGUAUAAGACAUAGUAUGAAAGAUAAUGAUCAAUGAAAAUGAGCUGUAUUGAUCAUUGAUAUUUAAAUUAUCCCUAUUUGCAGUAUAUGCAUGAGAAAUAUCUUAAAACGAACGGGUAAUGAGUUGUUAGUUCAUAGUAAAAGACUGUGGUGGAGAAGGUUGCCAUACAUAGGUUGGUGAUCUCUGAUUUCAGGAGUUGAUUUGCAGUGUAAUUUUUAUUUCAGAGCCUAUUGAUGAGGAUUUUUAUGAAGAACUACCAGCUAACUAGUAGAAACGUUAGUACUCUAUAUACCCUCCCCUCUCUACCGUAUAUUUUUCCAUAAGGGUACUCUACAGAGAAUUCCUUACAUCCGUGAGUAAUACUUACUUGUGGCAUUUCACAGAUUGUAAGGCGAAUGAUAAUUGAUUGUUUGCCCCGCAAUAAAAAGACACUUUUUCAAGUAUCAUAUACAUUAUAUACUGGAAUCUCCAUAAAGAAGCAAUAACUAUAGCACACCUGCAUUGCUAGAGGCAGAGGGUAAGAACUGUAGCCGUACCUUUCGCAACUUGCUCAUGCAUCACUUAUGACGGUUUCAAUACUACCAGAAAGCUUGCUGUCGGGUUACACAUGUAUCACUCAGGGCUUCCUUAUUUAAAAGGAGUAAAAGAGGCCCAGACAAAACAGUGGCGACUAUACUUCGUGUGUCGGAGAUGACGUAAUUGCGAUCUACCAAUGAGUCUAAAAGCUCUCUUUCAUCGUUGUAAAUGCAUCAGAAAAUGUGCGGUCAAACUUUAUUAAUGUGGACAUCAAAGGGCCCAGAGCCACUAUUGGUUUGACUAUAGUGCCAUUCAAAGUACUUAUAGUGUGUUUUUUAAUUUUUAAUUUUUAAUUUUUAUUUUUUACUUUUUACAACUGAACAAUGCCUAAUGCUUGUGUGUAACAAGGAAGUAAUCAGCAGUGAGUGCCAAGUAAUAUCGUCAAACGUUUGUGACAUACCUUGUUUUUAUUCCUUUUUGGCUGGGUGGUGGAGUAAGAAGCAAUGCAGUAAGGGGUUGUUCCCAGGUAGACCAAAUAUAAAAUAUAUGUUUUUUAACUAACAUUACUAUAUUCUCUUUAUUUUCUUAUGGUUGAAGAAAUUAUGUUGGGACCAGGUUGGUCUAUAAUUUGAUAUUAGGUAGAGGCAAACUGCCAACAUUAGAUUGUUCACAGCCCAAUGUUUUGCUAGUGACAGUGUUUCUACUCGAUAAAGUGGACUCUUGUUUCAAUGGGGAGACCGAGGAAGGGGGACUUGUCCACUCUCUUACCCUCCACCUUGAGCUCGCUAAUUGGUGCAUUCCUUACUGUGUGUGUUGAAAAAACAGAGGCUGUAAACAAUCUAAACUAGUGUAAGAUUAGAGAAUUUAUCUGCUCUCAAUAUAAUAAUAUAGUACGUGUAAUAAGUGACGGACCACAAGAAGAGUUAUGGUUCGCAGCCUAUUUUCUUUUGGAGAUUCAAUUUGUAACUGUUUUUCUUCUUUGUCAGUUUUGUGGAUAUGUUUAACAAAUGGCCCUUUUCUUUUUCUUUCUUUUUCAUCCACCUCCCUCCUGAACAUUUCUAAUGGUUCGUACAAUUUGUCAUAUAUGAUCCACAGGGUCGUGAUCUGAUAUUUGUUACAUAUAUGUAUUUCUAUAUUGAAAUAAGGGGAAACACGCGAUGGCGCGAAAGAUUCUCUCAUGCGCGUUUUCUCGCGAGAGAGACGGGUAACCUCGUCUCGUAUGUUUCGCGACCAAAAUUUUAAAAAUCCCUAAGGGUUGCUUAGCGAUAAUAUAUAUAUAUAUAUUUUUUUGAAAUUGAAAGAGUUGGACGUUUAGAGCCUUUACCAAAGUUGUGUAGAAUAUAUUGAAAUAAACUUAAACAUCGUAACGCUAUAGAUGCUUGCAGAAGUAGUGUAUUUUUGUAUAGUAUUCAAAAUUAUAUAUUUUUGUAUUACCUUUUUGAAGUAUUUUUAAUUAUCUAACAAAUCGUAGUUUCAUAAUAAAAUGUAAAAGCGGGAAGAUAUCUGAAUGACGAAAUAAAUUCAGUUGCCCAACAUUGAA